AUGGCCUUCGAGGUCGAUUUCCAGUCUGGAGAAGGCUUCAAACAGGCCGGGAAGAAGGGAAAGAAGGCUGCCAAAGCACCUGCCGCCAAGUCGAAGUGGGAUGGCGACGAGGAUGAUACGGCCAAGAAGGCAGAGGGCGAAGGAGGUGACGGUGACGGUGGGGAGAAGGGAGGUGACACUGGCGCUGGAGGUGACUCUGGCGCCGGUGGUGACUCUGGCGCCGGUGGUGACGGUGAUAAGAAGGACGAUGCAAAUGGCAACGGAGACGGGGCGGGUGAAAACCCCCCUGAGGACGAGUGGGAUAGCUUCGCUCCCGUAAAGAAGGGGAAGAAGGGCAAGAAGGGCAAGGCAGAGGAGGCUGCGCCUGCGAUACCGGCUGCGGACAAGUUCGAUGCCUUUUCAGAGAUCAAGUUGGACGACACAGGCCCAAUUUUGGACUUGAGCUUCGACACUGGGACGACGAAGACAAGUACAGGAGCGUUUGGCUCGUGGGGCAGUAGUUGGGAUACCGGUGGUACAAAAACAGGGGCAAAGAGUGGCUGGGAUUUCUCCGCUGUCACAGACACUGCUGCCGCCGACGAGCGGAAAGAGGCCGAAGGCAAUCCUUGGAGUUUGGAUCGUGGGAAGCCGAAAAAGAAGGGAGGCGUGGGAUUUUCUUUCGGGGCUCUAGACGAGGAGGAUCCAAAGAAGCCAGAUCCUGAUAAAAAGGACGACUCGUUUGACUUUGGCUUCUCCUCCGUCUCGUCGAAGAAGGAUAAGAAGAAGAAUGCCAAGAAUAAGGAUGUGUUUGCGUUCGAAGAUCCCAUCGAAGAGACCCCUGUGGUCGCCGAGGAGCCUGCUGCUGUUGCUGAGGAUGAUUGGAGUGGAGUGGGCUGGGGGACUUCAAAGGGGAAGAAAGGAAAGGGUAAAAAGGGUGCUGUCGAACCCGAUCCACCCAAAGUCGAACCGAAGAUUGAAGAACCAGCUCCAGUGGUCGAAGAUGAUUGGUCAUCGCCAGCUAUUGUAAAGAAGGGGAAGAAAGGCAAGAAGGGUGCUAUUGUUGAGGAACCCCCGAAAGUGGAAGAGACGCCACCUGAGCCAGAGCCAGCCAAGGAAGAACCGGCCGAUGAUGGGUGGGGUUUCACGACGACAUCUAAGAAAGACAAGAAGAAAGGAAAGAAAGGAGCGAUAGUCGAGGAACCUCCUAAGGUCGAGGAACCCAUCCCCGAGCCAGAACCGGCGAAAGAAGACCCCGUGGAUGAUGGCUGGGGUUUCUCGACCAAGAAGGAUAAGAAGAAGGGGAAGAAAGGUGCUGUUGUCGAGGAGCCUCCCAAGGUCGAAGAGGUCCCUCCCGAGCCCGAAAAGGAGCCGGAACCCGUGGAAGAUAUUGGUUGGGGGGCCCCUGCAAAGAAAGACAAAAAAGGCAAGAAGGGCAAAUCUGUCGUUGAAGAGCCCCAGGUCGAAGAAGUCAAGUCACCGGAUCCCGAGCCUGGGCCCGAACCAGCUGCAGAAGAUUUUGGAUGGGGAGCUCCUGUUGGCAAAAAUAGUAAGAAGUCAAAGAAGGGUAAGGCUGCUGAAGAAGUCUCCAAGGUAGAGGAGAAAGUCCCGGAGCCGGAGCCAGAACCUGAGCCGGUGGUCGAGGAUUUCGGAUGGGGCGCUCCUGUCGUUACAAAGGGUAAGAAAGGCAAGAAGGGUAAAAAUGCAGUCGAAGAGCCUGUUAAGGUCGAGCCAGUCAAGGAGCCUGAUCCAAUUAUCGAUCCCGAGCCCGAGCCCGAACCCGAGGCAACUGGUGGCUGGGGCUCAUGGCUCGGUGUCGGAAAGAAAAAGUCAAAAGAAGAACCGAAAGCAAAGGAUCCUACCCCAGAAUCCGAGCCAACACCUGUCGAGGAAGACACCGGAUGGGGAUUCUCUGCUCUUACUUCGAAGAAGAGUAAGAAGAAUAAGAAAGACAAAGCGGUUGUUGAGGAUGACCCAAAGGUCGAGGAGCCGACUCCAGACCCUGAACCGGUCAUCGAAGAGAAUGCCGGUGGAUGGGGAACAUUUUCCUUGUCCUCCAAAGACAAGAAGAAGGGGAAGAAAGGCAAAGAAGAUCCUCCCAAAAUCGAGCCCACACCCGAGCCUGACCCAGUCGUGGAAGAAGAAUCCGGAUGGGGAUUCGGUUUCGGUAGCUCAAAGACUAAAAAGGGGAAAAAAGGCAAAGAAGAGCUCCCCAAAAUCGAGACCUUGCCCGAGCCUGACCUAGUCGUGAAAGAAGAGUCCGGUUGGGGCUUCGGAUUGGGUUCGAAGAGCAAAGACAAGAAGGAAGGGUGGGGAGAGUCUCCAAAGGUCGAGCCGGUUCCCGAACCAGAACCCGUUCCCGAGACAGAUUUUGGAUGGGGCUUCGGGACUUCGUCUAAGAAGGACAAGAAAAAAUCCAGUAAGACGAAGGAAACGUCCCCAGCUCCUCCCCCCCUCAUCGAGGAGACGGUGGCAGAGGACGAUGAUUGGACAAACUGGGGCCAGAAUAGUACCACCAAAUCCAAAGACAAGAAAUCCAAGGCACUCGUCGAAGUCAAGGAUGAGAUUCCCGAACGCGCCCCGACUCCUCCACCUGCUGUACCUGAAGCCGAGGACGACUUUUCGGGAUGGGGAACUUCAGCGAAAGACAAGAAAAAGAAGAAGGGGAAGGUGGCAGAGGCUUCGGUCUCCGACGAUCCGAUUAAGCCCGAUGCCAUCGAGGAGCCAGUCAUCGAUACGUGGGGUUCUGUUUCUAAGUCGAAGAAUAAGGAUAAAAAGAAAUCCAAGAAGGGCGCCUUCGAGGUAGUGGACGAGACUCCACCCGAGCCUGAACCUGCGGUCGAAGAAGCUAAAGUUGUUGAGGAUGACUGGGGCACAGGGUUCGGAUCUACUUCCAAGAAAGACAAGAAGAAAGGGAAGAAAAAACCGGAAUGGAAUUUCGCACCUGUUGAGAAGACGAAGUCCAAGGAAAAGGAGGUCCCUGCCAAAAAACUGAGCAAGAAGGAGCAAAAAGAGGCCGACAAACUGGCCGAGAAGGCUAAAAAGAAGGCGGAAAAAGAAGAGGCCGCAGCCAAAGAAGCUGAGGAGUCAGCCAAAGCCGAGGCUGAAGCCGAGGAAGCCAGGCUGAAGGAAGAGGAAGCCAAGCUGAAGGAGGAGGAAGCCAGGCUGAAGGAAGAGGAAGAGGCCAAGGCCAAAGCUGCGAAAGCUCCGAAGUUGUCCAAGAAAGAGCAGAAGAAGGCCGACGAGCUUGCGAAAAAGAAGAAACUCGAAGACGAAGAGAUUGAGGCUGCGUUCAGGGAGGCGGAAGAAGAGGCUGCGCGAGAGGCUGAGGAGGCGACUGCCAAGGAGAUCGAGGAGAAGGCCGCUCUGGCCGGCGCAAAGAAGUCCAAAAAGGAUGGCAAAUCAAGCAAAUCCAAAAAGGGUGCGGUAGAGGAUCCUGAGCCGGAGCUAGACCUGAUUGAGCUCAGCCCGAGCAAGGAAAAGGUCGAGAUCGAGGACAAGUCGGAAGUAUUCAGCUUCUGGGGUGCAAGCACUAAGAAGUUGAGCAAGGGCGCGGCUCGCGACGAGACUGCGACCGCUGACAAGGCGAACCUCCUGCCUCUUACGAGGAAAGCAGUGGGCGGCGGCAGCAAAAUCGCUGAUAGGUUGAAAGCCUUUGAGUCACCCAAAGAAGUUGAGGAGCCACUCCCGCUACCUCCGCCUCCGCCCCCCUCGCCUCCUCCGCCAGCCAAGGAGGAUAAGAAGAAGUCCAAGUCCAAGUCCAAAAGAGAGAAGGAGGUUUUUGAAGCCCCAAUUCCAGUUCCAGACCCAGACCCAGUCGUCGAAGAGCCACCUACCCCGCCUCGGAAAUCCAGAUCCAGCGCAGUUCCCGGCAGCUUUCCUUCGGACCUCUUAGACGACGAAUUCGUUGAAAUGCCCAGUGCUAAAAAGUCAAGUAAGAGAAAAUCCGCAAGUAAGUCCAAGGAAGCUCCAAAGGAGGUGGAACCCGUAGUCGAAACCCCCCCAACUCCGCCUCCGGAGCCCAAAUCAUCAAAGAAGGAUCGCCCUCGUGUUGUUCGUGAUGGAAGCUCUUGGGGUGCCUGGGGAGCAGCUCCAGUCGGAGAGAAGGUGGAGAAGAAGUCCUCCAAGGAUCGCAAGUUGGCCCCCGAGGAGAAGAAAUUGUCCAGGGAAUCAAAGUCCAGACGGUCUGAUAAAGGAGAUAAAGUCUCGUCCAAGGACUCUUCAUCCGACAAGGCUGAUAGACCUCCGAUAUCCAGGGGUUUUACCAGCAUGUUUGGCGCAGCACCACCGUUAUCAAGAUCAAAAUCCGAAAGGAGGUCCAGUACUUCUGGGAGGAACAGUUCCAGAAGGCAAUCAGUCGUCGACAGUGGUCUUAUAUCUCCUCCACCCGAGAUGUCCUCGAAAGCGGCGAAAUUGCUCGGUGUCACUCCCGGUAAGCUUGCGAGAAGCAAAUCCGAAAAGAAGAGCAAAUCACGGGGUCUUGAAGAUGACGAUGAUAUUGUUGUUGUGGGAGCUGACGACAUCUCUCCUCCUCGCGAAAGGUCGAGACGUGACCACAAAAGAAAAUCGAAGGUAACGCAAGACUCGGGCCCGCCCCCGGCCGUUCCAAUGCCACCUGCCACCAACGAUAUGCCAUAUUGGAGACCAAGGGGGUCACCAUCCAAGGAUCGGAGUGCUAACGGUCGAUCGUCAAAGCAGGCCAAGCAAGACGAAGACAUUGUAAUGGUGGAUGCUGGUGGCCCGACCGAAAUUCCGGGACUAAAGAGGUCUGACUCGAGUGCGAAGAAAACAGGAUUUGGUGGAAUGUUGGGUGGACUCCUCUCCAAGCCUCGCCCCGAAACGAAACGUCGCUCCACCUUAGAAGACGGCGGUGCGCGUGGCUUGAGACGAGAGGAUCGAAAGAUCAAACGUUCUUCUGAGGAUGCCGAUAUCACGAUGACUGGCGGACUGGCCGAAGAGGAUGAGGAGGCCCAGGCUGCUAGGCGUGCAGCUCGACGUGCUCGCAGAGCUGAGAAGGAAGCCAUGGAGAGAGCUGCCGAGGAUGCUCGAAAGGCCAAAGAUAAGGAACGAAGAGAGCGGCGCCGGAAACAAGAAGAGGAAUCGGAAGCCCGUCGGCAAGAAGAUAAGGAAGCUCGACGCGUAGCUCGACGGGAGCAGAAAGCUCUGGAGGAGGCCGAAAGACAAGCUGCUGAAGCUAAAGAGGUCGAACGUUCUGAACGCCGUCGUGCCAGGAGAGCCGAGCGGGAUGCCAGAGCCGAGCGGGAUGCCAGAGCCGAAGCCACUCACACAGAUGGUGAGCCACUGGUGGAGACACCGGGGCGUCUCCGCAGAUCUGAUCGUCGCAAAAGUCACGUGGAUGGCCCGGAGGACGAGGAAGACCGCCGUCGAAGGCGCGAGGAAAGACGCGCCGCUCGUGGUAUCGAUACUCCAAAGACUAGCCGCCGCAAGUCAGCACCUAUCGUCGACAGCUAUUUCGACUCGAGGCAUGGGAGCACGGCACGUGGCGAGCCGGAGCACGAACCCCGACGCAAGAGUCACAAAUCAGGCUGGCCACAUUCAGGCACCGAUUCAUGGGUUCAAGAUCAUACUGAUGCGCCCCCUCCGCCAGAGGAUGCGCCCGCAACCGAUGGUCCUGGCGACGUGACGGCUGGUGAUGAGAGAGAACGGCGACGCAUGAGGAAGACGCGCCGACACGCCGACGACGAGGCAGAGGAGUACGCAGAAGAGAGGCGGAAGAGGCGUGAAGCCCGUCGCCACGAGAGGGAGCAGGUGAAGAGCUCUGAAGGGAGUCAGGGUGAUGGCCGGAGGUCGAGUCGCCGCCGCGAAUCAGGCUUUAUAGAGCCGCGGUCGAGGGCGCCCAGUUCACAGGGCGGGAUCUUUAGUCGUUGGAGAAGGUGA